AUCCGAGGUAUCUCGCAACGCCAUGGACUUAGGGCUUAUAGCAAGCACAGCAGCGUCCUCCUAGCUGGAGCUGCCAAAUGCGCUGCCGCAAGGGCUCCUGCAUUGGCCCCGGCUCUGCUACGUGGAAAUUGUAGCUGGGAAUCGCCGAAUCGAGCAGCUUUGGUUGCGUCAACGGGCGCGAGGCGCAAUGCGUAAUAUCGCUCCAGCUCCAGCUCCGAUUCUAUCUUAGCGCUUGUUUCUAGAGGUGAAUCGCUGCUCGCGGGCCAGGGAUUUCGAGUUUUUAGGUAGUGGACACAUGUCUGGGAGUGGAACUCCAUCAUGAAAGAGGCAGUCUUGAUCGCUGCUGUCGCCGUGUUGAUAGCUCCUUGCAUCGUCCUCCUGGCGUGCGCAAUUAAGCGGCGUUGCUGCUCGGCCUCGACCGAUGAAGAGGAUGCAAAUGAGUCUCUCCUCUCCAAAGAUUUCUCCAUUGGAGAGACUCUCAAGCGCCCAAACUUUGGGAACAAGAAGGAACCCAGGAUUGAGGCGUCGGCCACCAUCGUCUCUCGCGACUCUCUAGUGGUUCCGAAUUUUCACGAAAGGCAUUCUCUACCAUCGUCGGGUACCGGCGCACAACACGCAGGUAGUAGCAUAAGCUUGGAAGUUCUUACUGGGCCUUCGGCGGGUAAUCGCCUUCUCAGAACAUUGCCGGAAGAUGGCGGACUCGCCUUGUCGAUCGGCCGGAUUUCUCAAAACGAUCUUGUGUUGAACGAUUCCGAGGUCUCCGGAAAGCAUGCAGUGAUAAAUUGGAACUGUGACGUUUCACGAUGGGAGCUUGUAGACUUGGGUAGUCUAAAUGGAACACUCCUAAAUCACAGGUCCAUAUCCAUUUCCGGACCUCGCAGACGUCGAAGCGCACCUGUUGGUCUUACCAGUGGUGACGUCUUGACGUUAGGAUCGACGUCUCAAAUACUCGUCCAUCUCUCAGCUUCGAAGGACGCCAAGUUCUCUGUAUCUUCGGUGCCAUUUGGUGUUGGGGUGGCUGCAGAUGCGAUGACUUCUCGGAGGGAAAGAUUGUCAAUGGAAGAUGUCUGUCACUGUGAGUGGCCACUGCGAGGACUUCAGCAGUUUGGAGUCUUUUGCAUUUUCGAUGGGCACGGCGGUCCUGCAGCAGCCGAAGCUGCUAGCAGGAUUUUACCACAGAAGUUGUCGGACAUUCUUACGGUGGAAGGAGAGAGGAUCGACGUCCUAACUCAAUGUGAUGCGGCUAAAGUUUUAAAAGAUGCAUUCAAAGAAACUGAAGAAGCCUUGAAUUGCGAGUACGAGGGUUGCACAGCCACAGUUCUUCUAUUAUGGUCAACCGUUGGUCAGGAGUAUUUCGUGCAAUGUGCCAAUCUCGGUGAUUCAUCGUGUGUUUUAAGUGUCGGAGGAAAGCCGGUUGUCUUGACAGAGGACCAUAGGCUUACUAGUCCAACAGAGAGAGCACGGCUUCUGGAAAUGGGACGAAAGCUAAAAGAUGGCGAAACGCGCAUCUGUGGGAUGAACAUAGCACGGGCUCUGGGUGAUAAGUUCCUCAAGGAGGAAGAAUCCUGCUUCUCGGCGGAGCCUUACGUGAGCAAAGUCCUCAAGAUUACCAAGGACAGCAAAGGUAUAGUAGUCAUGGGAAGCGACGGGCUUUGGGACGUGCUAAGCCCGAUCAGGGCUAUUCAGCUGGCGAUUGAGGCUCGGGACGGUCGGUCCACGAUCGAUGGCCGGAUGCCACUCCCACCGAUGAACGCCGAAGAGAUCGCACAGCUGCUCGUCGGCAACGCUCGUCUGCUCAAGACCAAGGACAACACGAGUGUGAUCGUGCUGGACUUCUCCCCGGCAUCGGCAACGAAUAACCCCAGCGUUUGUACACUAUGAUGCGGUGGAUCACGAAGAAGAUCCACGAGGAAGAAUCGAGUCGCGAAGAUGAAGCACAGAACAUUAGAGGAGGUAACAUUUUCCUGUACAUGGCUAGUAGCUAAUUGUUUUCUGGAGGCCUUCGAGCACAGACAGCCUGAUUGGAAGGUGUCUCGGUGCCCGAUUAGAGCUGAUGAUGAAAAUAUUCCUGGUUUGGCAUUA